CCCCCAAAACGGGAACUUCUUUUAACUGGUUCGCGGUAGGUGUCAUUAAACUUUCAUGAUAAAAACCAAAACGCGCAUGGUACCAGUUUUAAAAAGUUCGCGAAAUUCGUUGUUGUUUUUGCGUGUGAUAGUACUCGAGUGUCUGAGUGAAGUUUUCUCCAAAGGAUUGUGUAAAAAUGGCAGCACAACUAAUGUUUUCUAUUCGUUAACUCGAUUCUGAAGAUAUAUGUUGCUUAGUGUGAAGCUAGUUAGAAUCAUUUCGAUUUCUCGUAACACAAAAGCAUAAAGUUUCGUUAGUAACUUCGACUUCCAUGUUCAAGCGAUGGCCGAAGUAACAACCGUCACCAACCUCUCUGCUUCGUCGAAGCACUCCAUGGGAGGGAUGGCCGCUCAUGCCCUUCCGUACUUGCCAGCUGCACCGCCUCAGGCUAGGAUGUCGUCCGUGGCUAUGUCAUACACAAGGGCUCUACAGAACGCGCCCUAUACAGCAUUGAUUGGUGUGGUGGUGGAUGCUAGACAGCCUGAUAGGCAUUCUGCAUCUCCCCGCUAUCGGAUCCGGCGUCAGGUGGGAGGCACCAAUCGUUGGAGGUUGCCGGAGUCUCUGGGAGGGGAUCUCCUAGGCACAGCUCAGGCUAUCAAAUCCCUGAAUGAACCCUACAACGACGGCAUGGUGGCUGUUAUGACUGCUGAGAACCCAGCAACCAGCGUUAACAGCGACCCAGAGAAGCCCUAUCAGUUUCCACCCCGAGACGGCAUCGACCGUCCGCACACCACCCUGGAUGCAAGGACCAGCAACCGCUGGCUGAAUCGGCCCAGAUCAUCGGAUACUAAACCCCCAGGCACUGCACCAUGUAGGCUAAGCAGUCCGUCACCAAUCGAGAAGUUCCAGCCCUCCUCUGCCCGCUCACCCACACCCGUUGACAUCUUCCACUAUCACUCCGCACCGAUACACAGCGUACUGGGACCAGACAUCCUCCUCCAGUGUCUGGACACCAACUGGGAGCUGCACCGCCCCUACAUCCAGAAGUCUGCCACCCUGACCCACCUCCUGUCCAAGGCGGAGAGCACGCCCCACACGGAGCUGUACUACCGGGACCCCAUGUCAGCCACCUUGGACCAGUACAUCAGUAAGAGCAACCACUACAGCACGGAGUACCAGGACAUCAGCCACAGCCUGAGCCUGACGGACAGCCCGCGCAGCAGUAGUCGGGAGGACGGGGAGAAGAAGGGAAUCGGACACCCGGCCCACGUGGUCCGGGCUCGGACCAACACCAUGACCAAGCUGAAAUUGAAAGUCCGAGACCCGAUGGUGACCAGAGAUGCGUUUGCUGUUGCCCUUGGCAACCUCUACCAUGAAGACAUCGACGUUGAGAAGUGCGACGUCGUUGGGGUGUUGGCAUCUGCUCACACCCUCGGCUUCCAGGAUUUAGAAAGAAGAUGUGCAGACAUCAUGCUGAGGAAUCUGAGUGCAAUGACUGUCUGCAAAUAUCACCAAGCUGGACUGAAGUACAAGGUUGGGCAGGUUGUUAAUGCUUGUGAGAGAUGGCUGGAGCUCAACCUGAUUCCUCACCUCUCUGUGCAAAUUCAUUUGAGGGACCUACCUCUGGAGUUACUGCAGAAGAUCAUCAAGUCAAGCAGGUUCUUCACAUUCAAUGAGUACUACCUGUACAAGCUGCUGUGCUACUGGAUCUUCUUGCAGCAGAACCACCACCUCCAACUGAUGCCGUCACACAGCACCAUAGUCACAUUUUUCAACAGCCUCAGCAAAACCACUUCCUUCGUGGAGCGGGAGCAAGGCCAGCAGUACGCCAGCCUCUUCCGCUCCAUCCGGCUGGCCGGUGUGACGGACACGCGCCACCUGGACGACAUGCUGCGCAUGAACGUGAUCCCGCAGCAGUGGAUCCUGAAGACGCUGAGUCUGCACUACCACGCGCUGCAGGGCGGCGGCGACAUGUCGCUGAUGCUGAACUUCGGCAACGACGCCAUCAGGACUGGCUUCAUCAUCCAACAGGAGCCACGAUACCACAGUGAGGUUGUAUCCAUCCAUGGUUUUCACUUUGAGCUCAAGGCCCAUCGGCAGGGCAAACACUCCACAUACCAGUUCUACAUGCAGCGUCUGAAGCCUCACGACCCCACCCUCUCCUUCCGCAUCUGUGAGCGUCAGACCUUCUCCCUGCGCCAGGACCGGGAGGUCCUGUACAGCAUCCGCAUCCAGUGUCACCUACCGGGCCAGGACUACAUCUACAACACGGGCAUCCUGAGCAAGAAGUUUGGCCUGGGCUCCAAGACCAGCCGCAGCGAGGUGCUGUCUCUGGACGGACUCUGCCUCCCCAUCUACGUCACCUUCAGCAUCCUCUUUCCCCCAUCCUAAAUCCUUGAUGUUUUUUUUUUUAAAUUAAGGAAAUGCAGGUUUUAAAUUUCUAGUUGAUUGCAACUUUUGAAGUAGCUCACAGGGGCUUUUUGGAGCAGUAACAUACUCCACUGCGAGCUAGGCUUGGGCGACUUCAGGUUAGAAUCAAAUAUAAUCGAUUCCAUGUUUUUGAGGAAUGGAGUCCCAGUAGUUGCCAAUUAGAAUUCCUGAGAAUAGACUUCAAACACCUCUAUUAAAAAUUCACGUUGUAUAAAAUUAAUAUAAUUAGCACCCUGCAUUUUGUGAUUCGGCACUAUCUUUCAUUGUGAUAUACAUGUACAUGUAGUAGGAAUGUUUUCCAAAUU